CAAGCUGAAGUACAACCUUUCUUUUUUCUGAAGAUACAAAUGUCACUUCAAAAGCACCUUGCGGAUGAAUUGAUCAAGGCUAUCGAACUUGAACAAAGUUGUGACCUGCUCACAACAACCCAGUAUUUGCUGUCCUACAGCCCGAAAACAUUGGCUGCAUUUGGUUUGGCAGUUAUAAAUUUGAACGUAUCCAAUUUCAAAACAGCCUUGACUGGCAAGACCUCAAUCGAGCUUUCCCUAGACCCGGCUCUUUGCCAACAAAAUGAUGAAAUUCAGACAGGAUCUUUGAAAGUGGGAGAUAUUGUUAAGUUAGAUCGCAUGAGCUCAUACUGCUCUGAACAUGAAACGUCUUUGGAAGGGGUUGUAACACGCUUGAACGGAAAAAUCAUAAAUGUGAGUUUGAAAGAAGAUUCCAUGAAUGAUACCUUCUUAGCUAUUUAUAACAAUACCGCUCAUGAAAAUAAUCGCAUGUGGAUAGUGAAGCUCACCAACUCGAUUACUUAUAAAAGAAUGGUACAAGCCAUGAAGAAAAUGAGGGAUCUAUCUACCCAUGAAAAGACCGAUGUGAUACGGAUUCUUCUAGGUGAGCAAGAGUUUCAGCCAAGACAAGCAGCUGUAUCCCAGCUUCAAUUUUGGGAUGCUAGUUUGAACGAGUCCCAAAAAGAUGCAAUACAAUUUUCGAUCUUCAAGUCCCCAAUCGCAAUCAUACAUGGACCACCAGGAACUGGUAAGACACAUACAUUAGUUGAACUCAUCAAACAACUUCGAUUCGUUCAUGGCGAAAGAAUACUCGUCUGCGGUGCAUCGAACAUUUCGGUAGACAAUUUAUUGGAAAGAUUAUCUCCGUCUUUUGCGCCAGUUUGUGAGGAAGUAGCACACAAAAGAUCAAGAAAAAAAAAUCAAAGGAAAACCCAAGCCCUCCCAGAAAACCUCAUUCGAGUGGGGCAUCCAGCUCGGCUCCUAUCAUCCAAUCUUCAGCAUUCUCUCGAUGUACUCUCAAAGUCAGGUUCACUCGCAGAGGGUGGUGACAAUCAGCUUGUAUUGAGGGACAUUCAAAAUGACAUAAAAAAUGUUCUCACAUCGUUGAAAAAAUCAAAAAGUUUCAACGAGCGUAAGGCACUAUGGACUGAACUAAAACAGUUGAAACGUGAGAUGAGAGAAAGGGAGAAACAAAUAACACUUGAUCUUAUUACACAUGCCGAUGUCGUUCUUUCUACACUUCAUGGAUCGGGCUCAAAUGAGCUAUUCAAUGUUUACAAAAAUAUGGAGUAUGGUAUUGAUAAGCCUUUGUUCGACACUAUAAUUAUUGACGAAGUGUCCCAAUCGUUGGAGCCUCAAUGUUGGAUUCCAUUAGUGAAUCAUUUAGGAUGUCGAAGAUUGGUGAUAGCAGGGGAUAAUCAACAAUUACCGCCUUCAGUUGAAUCAAGAGAGGAAGCAUCUGCUUUGAGAAGUCUGGGCGAAGCUAUUGCAGACUUGCAAAAAACUCUUUUCGAUCGUCUCGUUUCUGAUCAUGCAGGGCAUGAAUUUAAGAAAAUGCUAAAUGUUCAAUACAGAAUGAAUAAUGAUAUCAUGAGAUUUCCAUCUGAUAAGCUAUAUGGCGGGGGCCUCACCGCUGACAAAACUGUGAGAUCAAUCUUACUUUGUGACCUAGAUGGAGUAGCGUCGACGGAUGAAACAACCGUUCCAUGUAUAUGGUAUGACACACAAGGCGGCGACUUUCCCGAACAAAUGGAGGAGGAUAAUGCUUUUCUCAGUCAGAACGCUUCAAAUGGUUCCAAAUUUAACGAUAUGGAAGUACUCGUGGUAAGAAACCACAUCAACCAAUUGAUUACAGCUGGAGUUUGUCCGAGUGACAUCGGAAUUAUUUCUCCCUAUAGCGCUCAAGUCGCUGCAAUGAAAAAGCUGUUGAUCCAAGAGGACCUGGAUGAAAUCGAGGUUUCAACAAUAGAUGGAUUCCAAGGAAGAGAAAAAGAGGCAAUAAUAGUAUCCUUAGUGCGAUCCAAUGAUUUUGGCGAAGUUGGAUUUCUAAAGGAUUUCAGAAGACUAAAUGUUGCGAUGACCCGUCCCAAGAGACACCUCUGUGUGAUUGGAGACAUGGAACUUCUCGAAAAAAGUGGGGUGCAGUUUCUCCGCGAUUGGGUAACCCAUGCGGACGAAGUUUUUGAUGUCAGGUAUCCAGACAUAAUGAAUUUUUGAAUUGAGUUAUUUAUGUGCCAUAUGCCUAGCUUUCAAAGCAUGAAUCUAGAUCAGAGUUCAUGCAGUUUAUUUUUUGUCAUUAUUCCAUUAUGAUACUUUUUGAAACGCUUGUUUUUUUACUCCCUGCACAGAAAUUGGAUUGAGUUAACACCCCUAUUCGCCUCGGCUUCUUCCUUUUUCAAACCGUAGGCUAGAAGUCUGUAUCUGAUCUGCAUAACGGUCAAUGUGCCUUCAGUAAACUACGCCAAAUUUUGUCAACCUUUGUAUCUUUCAUGCAAGACCUCAUGCGAGAACCCGAGGUCAGUCGCGUUCGCGACUUCCGGAAUGAAAGUAUAGUUUACCUUUCUUUAAAAGGAGCAUUAUUCUAUCAAUAUCAGGC